AAAAGGAUCAACCCUGAUCUUGACAUCCGGGUCAAGGAGAUCAACCUUAGCAUGACACUGAACGAGGGAUACCAUACAACGUAAUUCCCAUGCACUAUUAUCAGAAGUGUGUAAGAUCUUUGGCGGAACCUAUUGUCACUGGCCUAUUGAAUCAUUCACCAGUGAAUUCUGUCCAAUUACAUCCAGGAAUAACAACAAUACAAGAAGCUAGGAUACUGUAGACCACCACUAACGUGACAAUGCUCAGAACGUCACUAUCACCUGCAUCAUGUUGUUCAUAUCACAGCGCUUCCUCUCUUGAUUAGCACUCCACUGGAACGUAGAGUUGCAGUGAUUCUUACAUACCCAUCCCCUCUAGCCAGUGCCGCGUUGCAAAGGUGCAUCGAUGAGCGAACAUGUGAUUGAUGAGCUACCUAUCAGAAGGUUUUUGUGGCUAAUACAUAGUUCUUUUACAUCGGACGAGCUGCUCGUCACUCAUCGACCAUUGUGGAAGUCGAAAACUUACCCAGGUACCAAGUCCCACCGCGGGCUAAGAUCGAAGGAGUAGAGACAGAUUCUCUCCAUCAUCAAAAGUAUCCUUCUGUCACCUGGCCAUCUUCAUAUUGAGAAAGAAGGGGAGAAAAACCAAAGAAUGAGAAAAUAUGGCUUAACUGUAUGCUACAGCACAGCCGAAUGUAGAUAAGAAAUGGUUUUGCUCAGAUGUUAUAUUAUCGUGUCUUCGCUUUUUGUUGGGAAGAAUGAGCAGCCUUUCUCAGAGUGUUCGAUUCGUACACCUCUGUCUUCACGCCAAGCUGAACACCGUACCCUUUCAGGAGGAGGCAAGAAAACUUGAGACCUUUAUCCUAACUGAUGAAAAAGGCAAUUUAGUCUAAGUUUAGGGGGUCUUUGCUGAGUUUAUUUUGAUAUAUUCUUCUUAAGUCUUAUGUUUUCUUGCUCCCUGAGACCUUUCUAAAGAUGAAUCUGAGCUACUGAUACGAGGUAAACCUGUAUUCUAGCUAAAUGGUGUUGACUAUUGCAAUCCUUAUUGGCCCCCAGCCGAAACUCAUGUCUGGCAUGGUGAUACUCUGGUAUGACAUAGUGACUGACCUUAUAGCCCCGUAUCCGUAGUCCUGAAAGAAAAGAACAAAUUAAUUAACAUUGACGGAGGC